AUGGAACUUUCAAUUCAAUCGUCAUUUCUGGAUAUCGCUGCGUACGGCACUUUUCACGUCGUUGACUAUUCAGGUCGACAUUCGAAUCUUUUAGUUGAUCUCUUCGUUUUGAUGAUCGGACAAUUGACGCCAUUCUUCAACAAUCUACCUGAUACCGCAACUCUGAUUCUACUUUUAUCAGUGAUCGUCACAAUGCUCCUCUCAGAAUUGGUCGUAUUCUUGGUUGUAUCGCUUCACUCGCGAGAUUCAGGCAGCAGCAGCACCUCGGCUAAAGGCCAUCGGCUUUCCACUGUGCUCAUUGCGCCGCCGUCAGAUAACGAUUCAUCGAGCAACAAGAUUGUUAAGGAUUGUGAUAAAUCCCCCUUAGACGUACCCAAAUUCGAUGUUAUUGUCAGUGAUAAUGCAUCAUCAAAUCAGCUGAAUGUUCAAAAACUCUAA